ACAGGGCAAGCAGACUAUAUAUAUGUACCCACAUGAAAAUUUCAAACUCACCACAUUUCCUUCCACUCCAACAAUUUUUAUAUUCCUUCAACUUGCUAAACACUUCAACUUUGUUGUUUGUUUCUCCUCUUUUAUUUUCCCCUCACCGAAGUCAUCAUUUUUACAAAUUAGUUUCAUUAUCUUUCACCUAUCUAGUGUCUUUAUAGAAAUAGUCCAUUUACUCUGUGAAAUACAUAACAUAUGUAUCUUGUAUUGUUUGGCUUCUUAUAUUGUCACUUUUUGUUCUUAACUCAAACCAAUGUCAAGUAUUCUGCAUGCAAACAUGGAUAGCAUUGAGAUUUUGCUUGAUGUUCCAAACACCAUUAGAAUACCCAGGCCAAGUUGGCACAUAGCUUUGGCUGUAUAUUUUUCCAGGGUCUUACUCUCCCGUCGUAAAAAAUCCGCAGCCAAGAAAAACCAUAUAAUUCUCUCUAGCUCUCCUUCAAAAACCAUCAUCCUUUUCCACCAAAACGACGUCGGUUUUGGUAAGGUCGAUAAAGAACCUCUAACUCAAUUAGUGAGGGAAAAAAAUCUAGACCAGCUUCGAUUGUUUGAGGGAGUUCGUGGUCUAGCUUCUAUCCUUGAAACAAACACUGAGCUUGGUAUCCAUGGUGAUCCCAAAGACAUUACUCAUCGACAUGAAGCAUUUGAUUCAAACACAUAUAGUAAACCACCACCAAAAUCCUUCCUCUACUUUGUAUGGGAAGCCACAAAAGAUGUUACCAUUUUCAUCCUUCUUGGCUGCUCUGCACUUUCACUUGCCUUUGGUAUUAAAGAAGAUGGAUUGAAAGAAGGCUGGUAUGAUGGUGGAAGCAUUAUUAUUGCUGUGUUUCUUGUUGUUUUUGUAUCUGCAAUAAGUAAUUACAGGCAGAGCAUGCAAUUCAACCGGUUGUCAAAAGUUGGUAACAACAUUCAAAUAGAUGUCAUCCGAGGUGGUAGGCGGCAACAAGUUUCUAUCUUCGAAAUCGUUGUAGGAGAUGUUGUUUUCUUGAAGAUUGGAGAUCAAGUUCCUGCAGACGGGUUGUUCUUAGAUGGGCAUUCUCUGCAAGUUGAUGAAUCCAGCAUGACAGGGGAGAGUGGCCAGGUAGAAGUUAACCAUGGCCAAAAUCCCUUCUUGUUUUCUGGUACUAAAGUUGUUGAUGGCUAUGGUAGGAUGCUAGUUACUUCAGUUGGCAUGAACACAUCAUGGGGCCAAAUGAUGAGCCAAAUCAAUGGUGAAAGACGCGAAGAGACUCCAUUACAAGCUCGUCUCAACAAGCUGACCUCGUCGAUAGGGAAGGUCGGUUUGGCAGUUGCUUUGGUAGUUCUUGUUGCCUUGUUGGUUCGCUACUUCACGGGGAAUACAAAAGAUGAAAAUGGAAAUCAAGAAUUCAAUGGUGGAAAUACAAAGAUUGGUGACGUUGUGAACUCUGUGUUGGGAAUUGUAGCAGCUGCUGUCACCAUUGUUGUGGUUGCUAUUCCAGAAGGCUUGCCAUUGGCUGUGACGCUUACUCUUGCUUACUCGAUGAAGAGAAUGAUGGCUGAUAAUGCAAUGGUGAGGAAGCUCUCAGCUUGUGAGACCAUGGGAUCAGCCACCACCAUUUGUACAGACAAAACAGGUACACUCACUUUGAACCAAAUGAGGGUUACCAAAUUUUGGCUUGGUCAAGUGGAAGGAGGUGCUGUUUCAUUUAAUUCUUCAUAUGUUCUUGAUUUAAUUCGAGAAGGAAUUGCUAUGAAUACUACUGGUAGUGUCUACAGGCCUGAUUCUGAUUACAAAUUUGAGUUUUCUGGUAGUCCUACUGAAAAGGCCAUUCUUUCAUGGGCUGUUUUGGAGCUAAACAUGGAUAUGGAGGAACUGAAAAGGAGUUGUAGCAUUGAACAUGUUGAAACAUUCAAUUCACAGAGAAAACGAAGUGGGGUUUUGAUUAGAAGAAAGGCAGACAACACAAAGCAUGUUUAUUGGAAAGGAGCCGCAGAGAUUAUACUAGCAAUGUGUUCCACAUAUUACAAUGCUUCUGGAAUUUUGGAAGAUCUUGAUGAGGACGAAAAGAAGAAAUUCGAGCUCAUUAUUCAAGGUAUGGCAGCAACUUCUCUGCGUUGCAUUGCUUUUGCACACAAACAGGUAGAAGAAGAACAGAACAAUGAUGAUCAGAUAGUAAACAAAAACGUGGAAGAAGAAAACUUGACCUUACUAGGACUGGUUGGUCUAAAAGACCCUUGUAGACCAGGAGUAAGAAAGGCAGUGGAAGAUUGCCAAAACGCUGGUGUGAAUAUCAAAAUGAUCACCGGAGAUAACAUUUUCACGGCGAAAGCCAUAGCUACAGAAUGUGGGAUUCUCCGGACAGAUGAUCAAGACAUGUCAAAUGGAGCCGUAAUAGAAGGUGCACAAUUUCGGAACUUAACACAAACAGAAAGAAUGCAAAAAGUUGACAAGAUUUGCGUGAUGGCAAGGUCUUCGCCAUUUGAUAAGCUUCUAAUGGUACAAUGUUUGAGACAGAAAGGCCAUGUUGUUGCAGUCACCGGAGAUGGCACUAAUGAUGCACCAGCACUUAAAGAAGCCGAUAUCGGACUCUCAAUGGGGAUCGAAGGGACAGAAGUAGCCAAAGAGAGCUCAGACAUAGUCAUUUUGGAUGACAAUUUUGCAUCUUUAGCCACAGUUUUAAGAUGGGGAAGAUGUGUUUACAACAACAUACAAAAAUUCAUUCAAUUCCAACUUACAGUGAAUGUUUCAGCAUUGGUUAUCAACUUUGUAGCAGCAAUUUCAGCUGGUGAAGUUCCACUGACAGCGGUUCAGUUACUUUGGGUGAAUUUGAUCAUGGACACUCUUGGCGCUCUGGCUCUAGCUACAGAGCAGCCAACUAAGGAACUCAUGGAAAACCCACCAGUAGGAAGAAGCCAGCCGUUGAUCACAAACACCAUGUGGAGGAAUCUCUUAGCUCAAGCUCUUUAUCAAGUUGCAGUGCUUUUGACACUGCAAUUCAAAGGCCAAUCAAUCUUUGGCAUAAACAAGAAGGUGAAUGACACAUUGAUUUUCAAUGUUUUUGUACUCUGCCAACUUUUCAAUGAAUUCAAUGCAAGGCAGCUGGAGAAGAAGAACGUAUUCAAGGGAAUUCAUAGGAACAAACUGUUUUUGGGUAUUGUUUCAGUGACUGUUGUUCUUCAGGUUUUGAUGGUGGAGGUUUUGAAGAGGUUUGCUGGGACAGAGAGAUUGAAGUGGGGACAAUGGGGGAUUUGUGUUGGAGUUGCGGCUUUGUCAUGGCCAAUUGGUUUUCUUGUUAAGUUUAUUCCUGUCCCGGAUAAACCUAUUCUAGAAUAUCUGAGGACAAGGAAAGUCAUGGUGUAGGAGGUCAUGGGCUGGUUUCUCUGGGUUAUUUUGAAAUUUAGGGCCACCUUCUUUCUCCUUCCUUGGGCUUUUUUUUGGGCCUAUGUUAUGUGUGAAGUAAACCCAUUAAGUUUACAUAUUAUUUGUAGAUUUUAAAUUGAAUGUCAAAUGGACCCGAUUUAGCUUGAAAUUAAGAUGUAUUCAUUUAGCAUAUAUACUCAAUAUUAUAGAAAUAUGAAAGAUUUUAAAUA